CCGGGCCUUGACUUUGACUCGUGUCUUAAGUGAUGAUGGAGUUUUGGAGCAGUUAGGAGUCAGAAUGUCUGCAGGAAAGACAGUUGGGAAGAAUCUUUGUGAUUUUGAGUUUUGAAGUUGGCCUUUUCUCUCUCUGCCCGAGUCACUGCUGUCAUGAACAGAUUUGGCUCUGAACAAGCGCAUUAAGACAGAAUGUUCACAGAUGUUCGAUCAUAAAAAAAAAAAAAAAAUACGCUAAUUUGUAUGUAAUUAAUUGAUUGUGAUGAAUGCGUUCAAUUGAAACCACUAAUGAUAUAUGAGUCCAAAAAACGUCUUUCCCCACUGCAGGCUCCUCUUCACAGCAUAAAAUAGAAACUAAGAGAAAUGAAAAGGCUUCAGUCUCCAAUAACCCUCAGCAUUAGAGCAAUGUUUUCAUAUCUCCCAAAUAUUAUUUUAAUUUACACCCACAUCUGAACAGAUUAGUAGUAAUUCUCACUUCAUUUCCGUUUUUGGUGAUUAGUUUUAGAAUUUUCAUCAACUUUAUUAUUUUACGACUUAAAUCGUUACUUUAAAUUUGUACCAAUUUUUAAGGGAUUUUUUUUUUUUUUUUUUUAAGUUCGUGACCCGGAAGUAAACAGAUGCGCUAGCAGGCUAGCCGCGUUAGCUUGUGUUUAGGAUGACGGUGGUGUUUUGGCAGGACGUUUUUACGGGUUAUAAAGAGAUGUACCGAUACGUGGUUCGGUUCCGAACAAUCCUCUUUAGCUAAAGUGUCGUAAAUGAGUGAAUACGUGUUGAACGUAAAGACAACGUGGCUGUGAUUGUGAGACUAGCAGAUGAUCGGAGCUGCUGCUGUUCAGAGGACUUUGGUGUUUGUUGGAGCUGAAGAUCUUCUGCAGCUGCAGGAACCAUGUCUUCAGAACUUCAGGAAGAUUCUGACAGCGAACAGAUUCCCCCCGAAGAUGAAGAAAUCUUUAGACUUUGUGAAGGAACCAGCGCUCAGAAUGAGGAGAAGCUGUGUCAACAUGGAAGACUGCUGGAUAUCAGGAAAAAGCAGCUCGAGCUCAACGUUAUAGUCCUCCCCCAGGAUUAUGCGACUGAAGAGGAGGAUCUCUACAGCCAGCAGAGGAACUUCAGAGAGGAGCAGGAAGAAUCAGAACCUCCAGAGAUUAAAGAAGAACAAGACGAACAAGAACCUCCAUGGAUUAAAGAGGAACAGGAGGACCAAGAACCUCCACAGAUUAAACAGGAGCUGGAGGAACUAGAACCUCCACAGACUAAAGAUGAGCAAGAAGAUCGAGAAUCUCCACUGACUGAAGAGGAAAAUGGGAAACUAGAACUUCCACAGAUUAAAGAGGAGCAAGAAGAGCUCUUUAUUGGUCAAGAUGAAGAGCAGCUUGAUUUGAAGCAGGAGACUGAUACAUGGAUGGAGAUUCCUACCUAUGAGGACAAUGAGUUCAGUGAAUCAGAUCUAAACUAUCACCAGAGCUUAACUGAAAGUCAGGAUGAAGACGAAAGCCAACAUGAAGAAUCAACAUCAACUACAGAUGAAGAGACAGACCCACAGAACAGAGAUCAGAGGAAGAAAAGAGACAGAAGUCAUGUCCAAAGUGUGGGCAUCUCUCACAUGUCAGAAAGUCAGUGUGACUAUGUUAUUGGUAAAAAAUUGAAGAAGGCAACUUUGGUUAAGAAACGCAAACAGGCUCCAAAAGAAAAGAGCCUUUCCUCUUUAGAGUCUGGUGAAAGCUCAGGAAUAGUUAGCAACGCCUUUAGCCACAUUAGAACCGAGUCUGAUGAAAAAUUUUAUGACUGCAAAGAAUGUGGUGAAAGUUUUGGUCACUGGUCUCAGUUCAGAUUUCACAUGGGGACUCACAAAGGAGAUAAGCAAUUUUUGUGCAAUGAAUGCAAUAAAAGUUUUUGUCAUCAAUCUAGUCUCAAGACGCACAUGAGAAUUCACACAGGAGAGAGGCCUUUUACGUGUAAAGAAUGUGAUACAAGUUUUAGUCUUGUAUCUAGUCUCAAAAUCCACAUGAGAACUCAUACAGGAGAGAGGCCUUUUACGUGCAAAGAAUGUGAAACAAGUUUUAGUCAAAUAUCUCAUCUCAAAAGACACAUGAGAACUCACACAGGCGAGAAGCCUUUUUCUUGUAUCGAAUGUGGUACAAGUUUUAGUCAUAUAUCUAGCCUGAAAACACACCUGAGAAUUCAUACAGGUGAGAGGCCUUUUUCUUGUAAAGAAUGCGAUGCAAGUUUUUGCCAUGUGUCUAGUCUCAAAAGACACAUGAGAACUCACACAGGAGAGAAGCCCUUUUCUUGUUUACAAUGCGAUAAAAGUUUUAGUGAUGUCUCUAAUCUUAAAAGACAUGUGAAAACUCAUAAUGGAGAAAAAUCUUUUUCUUGUACGGAAUGUGGUACAAGUUUUAGUCAAAUAUCAAAUCUCAAAAGACACAUAAGAACUCAUACGGGAGAAAAGCCCUUUUCCUGUAAAGAAUGUGACAAAAGUUUUUGCGAUAUGUCUAAUCUCAAAUCACACAUGAAAACUCACACUUGAGCAAAGCCUUUUUCAUGUAAAAAAAAUCUCAAAGUAUUUAGUAUAAACCAUUGACUGUGCAAGAAUGCACAGCAAAUAACUUGUGCAGUAAAAGACUGUAGGGAUUUUUAGAUUGUGGAAAACAGUUUCCUUCCAUAAAGAGGUAUAAUGGUGUUAUAUACGGAACUAUAACAUAUAGGUUGAAAUCAUCAAUUAUAAACAUCCAAAAAAAGAUUGAUAUGUUUCAUUCUAUGUGUAAUCCUUCUGUACAAUGUAAAUAUUUUUUAAUGAAUUGAUUAAAAAAUUCUAAAGUUAAAUUUCAUUUUUUAGAUGUAUCUGUAAAAAGAAUUGUUUUGAAUUGUAACAGGUAAAUCUUCAUCUUUUUAACAGCUUUUAUCAGUUUAAAGGUACUGUUACUUUUUAUACUGACAUUGAAUAUUUAUGUCAUUUUUUAAAGAAAUGUUGAUAAAGAGGUCAAAGGCAAUGUUUGAAUCUUUUUAUUGGUUGCUUUUUAUAAUUAGAUUUUUUGACUUUUUUUAUUUUGUCAAAGGUUGUUUAGUUAGCUGUUUAGAUUUUAGCUAAUGCUAGGACAAUGUGUAUGUUUUCUGGGUCCGUGUUUUAACAAGACACUAUACAUUUUUUUCAUACUACUUCAAUUCUAACACUUUCAAAGUAAUCUGUGAAUUUAUUAUUGCUUUUAACAAAUACUAGUGACUGCAGUUAAGAUUUCAUGUAAGCAAGUAAUAUUUUCAUGAGGAAAAUUUUUUGUGAAAAUGUAUUAAUGAAGAGGUGGAUAAAGAAACAAACUGGUGUUUGUGUUGUUGUGAUUCCUGUUUCCUAGCAGAGAUUAGAAGUGUUUCUCUGUUCUUUUUAGUUCUCAGUGUU